AUGCAGGUACUUGAAAGGCUGACUGUGGAUAAGCUGGUUGUGGAUGUGGUUGGUAAGGGUAAUGUGAGAUACUAUUCACAACAAGAUAGUAUGGAUAGUAACAUUGUGGUGGAUAAGAAUGGACUUGAGAUGGACCAAAACCAAGUGGAUAUAGGGGAUCAGUCACUUCUUGUGAUGAGGGCCAAAAACAGCAAUCAGCCGGUAACAUAUACGCAUUAUAGCAAGGGCAACAGCAGAAAGGACUUACCCAUCAAGGCCUACAUUUUUUAUAGAUGGAAAAUCUCUAACCAAGCAAACUUUUCCAGGAUGACCACAAGGCUGCUGAUUUUUGGUCCGUUACCAAGGCACCAAGGGCUAGUCCUAGGCCUUGAGAGACAAGGACAGAACAGAAGUGCAAAUAAGGUGUGCAGGAAAUUUCCUGCUGUGGGUUUAAGUCCUGCCACCCUAUAUGUUAUUGUAAUAAAAGAAGUAGGGAGAUCAGCAAUGGUUCUUGACAUGAAGUAUGAGGAAAGCCUGUACAUGCCAGAAGACGGUUCUUUUACGAGCAUCAUACGUUUCUGGGGGAAGAUAACUGACUCUCUCACAGGAUAUUCUCCAACACCAUUGAUUACUCCUGUUUAUCCAGGGCAAUAUAAUUUUCUGCAUGAUUUUGGCCAAAAAAAUAAGCUCUCCUUCUUGUUUUUCUUUGUUGUAAAUCUACUUUUUUCUUCAAGUUCUAAUGCUCAAGAUUUUGACAAAGCAAUCCAAGAUGUCAGAAGAUUCCAAUUCCCAUAUAAUUUUCUCUUUGGCACAGCUGUAUCUUCAUAUCAGGUUGAAGGAGGAUAUCUUGAUGAUGGUAAAAGCCUCAGCAACUGGGAUUUUUUCAGUCAUAUCCCAGGAAACAUUAAAAAUAAUGAGAAUGGAGAUGUUGCAGAUGAUGAUUACCAUCUGUUCUUGGAAGAUAUUGUGAUUGCUCAUUCUCUUGGUGUAAAAGCAUAUCGGUUUUCGAUUUCAUGGGCCAGAAUUCUACCAAGAGGAAGGUUUGGUGAAGUCAAUCCAAGUGGGAUCAAGUUCUAUAACAAAAUUAUAGACAGCCUCUUGCUCAAGGGAAUUGAACCAUUUGUGACAAUACACCAUUUUGAUCACCCACAAGAACUGGAAGAUAGAUAUGGGUCUUGGCUCAGUCCUCUGAUGCAGGAGGAUUUUGUUCUUUUGGCUGAAACUUGUUUCAAGAGCUUUGGUGAUAGAGUCAAGUACUGGACAACUAUCAACGAGGUAAAUCAGUUUGCAGAAAUGGCCUAUGUUAGGGGAGUUUUUCCACCAGCUCAUUGUUCCGCGCCUUUCGGAAAUUGUUCUGUUGGCAAUUCUGAUGUAGAGCCUUUUAUCGUUGUGCACAACAUGUUAUUGUCACAUGCCAAGGCCGUUAAGCUAUACCGAGAACAAUUUCAGCCAAAACAAGGUGGCUCUAUAGGGUUAAUUGCACAUUCACAUAUGUAUGAACCACUAAGAGAUGGAGAAUCUGAUCGUCUAGCUGUAAAUAGGGCUCUGGCUUUUACCCUUGGCUGGGCAAUAGAUCCUUUAGUGUUUGGAGAUUACCCACCAGAAAUGCGCCAAUACCACGUAAGUGAACUGCCAAGGUUUUCCCCAGAAGAAACUCAGAUUGUGAAAGACAGGUUUGCAUACACAACUGGAGAAAGAGAUGGCAUUCUAAUUGGAGAACCAACUGGUGUUGAAAGAUUUUAUGUUGUUCCAAGGGGCAUUGAGAAGAUUGUUAAUUAUAUUUCAAAAAGAUACAAUAACAUGCCCAUAUAUGUAACAGAAAAUGGAUAUUCUCCACCACAUACUGAACAAGUGCCAGAUUUGCUGCAUGAUGUCAACCGAAUCAAGUUCCAUGAGGGCUACCUUGCUGCUUUGGCCAGAGCAAUUAAGAAUGGUGCUGAUGUACGCGGAUACUUUGUAUGGAGCUUGAUGGAUAACUUUGAAUGGACAGGAGGUUAUGGCACAACAUUUGGACUUUACUACAUUGAUCGUCAAACUCUGAAGAGGACUCCAAAGAUUUCUGCUAAAUGGUAUGAAGAUUUUAUUGCAAACAGAAGCAAAGGAAGCAACAGAGAAGGGUUCAAGAAUGGAAAAGAGGGUUCUAAACGUUUUCCCAAAAGCAAAACUGUCAUAAUUUCCAGAGCUGAAGCUAAAGCAACCGAAAUAUGA